AUUCCCGCAAGCGGUAGAAUCUUCUCGAUGCUGAUUCGUUUGAUAUAAAUACGUAUUUUGGUGCGCGGGAAGGCAGUAUUAUUUGAAACACGAAACUAGACAGACGAAGAGUUGAGAGUUCGGUGCAAACCGGAGUUUAUUACGCAAGUGAACGAGUGAAAUAUUCAAGUAUUCAAGUUUUUCAACGUUGCAAGAAGAUAUAAAAUACAAAAUGCCAGCUGUAGGAAUCGAUCUUGGAACCACCUACUCCUGCGUCGGAGUUUGGCAGCACGGGAACGUGGAAAUCAUCGCCAACGACCAGGGCAACCGCACCACGCCAUCAUACGUCGCCUUCACGGACACAGAGCGACUCAUCGGCGAUGCAGCUAAGAACCAGGUCGCCCUGAACCCCAACAACACAGUCUUCGACGCGAAACGGCUCAUCGGGAGGAAAUUCGAUGACCCUAAGAUCCAAGCGGACAUGAAACACUGGCCCUUCAAGGUGAUCAACGACUGCAGCAAACCGAAGAUCCAAGUCGAGUUCAAGGGUGAAACGAAGCGAUUUGCGCCUGAAGAAAUCAGCAGCAUGGUCCUCACAAAAAUGAAGGAAACUGCGGAGGCGUAUUUAGGAACAUCAGUGCGCGACGCAGUGAUCACAGUGCCGGCCUAUUUCAAUGACUCACAGCGUCAGGCGACCAAAGACGCGGGGGCCAUAGCCGGCCUGAACGUCCUACGCAUCAUCAACGAACCAACCGCGGCCGCGCUCGCUUACGGCCUCGACAAGAACUUAAAAGGCGAGAGAAACGUGCUCAUUUUCGAUCUCGGAGGCGGAACUUUCGACGUCUCCGUGCUCACCAUCGACGAGGGCUCGCUGUUUGAAGUGAAGUCGACGGCCGGCGACACCCACCUCGGCGGCGAAGAUUUCGACAACAGAAUGGUCAACCACCUCGCUGAAGAAUUCAAGCGCAAGUACAAGAGAGAUUUGAAAUCUAACUCCCGCGCGUUGAGGCGCCUGCGCACUGCGGCGGAGCGCGCGAAACGCACACUAUCAUCGAGCACGGAGGCGACCAUCGAGAUCGACGCUUUGUACGAAGGCAUCGACUUCUACACCAGAGUUUCCCGAGCCCGCUUUGAAGAACUCUGCUCGGAUCUCUUCCGAGGUACUUUGGACCCGGUAGAGAAGGCUCUGAAAGAUGCCAAGCUAGACAAGAGCCAGAUCCACGAUGUAGUGCUUGUCGGCGGCUCGACACGCAUCCCUAAAGUCCAGAACCUUCUCCAGAACUUCUUCUGCGGCAAGAAAUUGAACCUUUCCAUCAACCCGGACGAGGCGGUCGCAUACGGCGCAGCAGUGCAAGCGGCCAUCUUGAGCGGCUCCACCGAUUCUAAGAUCCAAGACGUGCUGUUGGUGGACGUCGCUCCGCUGUCAUUGGGCAUUGAAACCGCUGGCGGAGUGAUGACGAAGAUCAUCGAGCGCAACUCGAAGAUCCCCUGCAAACAGUCUCAGACCUUCACCACAUAUUCUGACAACCAGCCGGCGGUUACCAUCCAAGUUUAUGAAGGAGAGCGAGCGAUGACGAAGGACAACAACUUACUUGGCACGUUCGACCUGACGGGCAUCCCACCGGCCCCGCGCGGCGUCCCACAGAUAGAAGUCACCUUUGACAUGGACGCGAAUGGAAUCCUGAAUGUGUCUGCGAAGGAGAACAGCACUGGUCGCAGCAAGAACAUCGUCAUUAAGAACGACAAAGGCCGUCUAUCGCAAGCGGAGAUCGACAGGAUGUUGAACGAAGCGGAGAAGUACAAAGAAGAGGAUGAGAGACAAAGACAGCGUGUGGCCGCGCGCAACCAGCUGGAGUCUUACGUCUUCAGUGUGAAACAGGCAGUUGAUGAAGCAGGAGAAAAGUUGAGUGAGGGAGAUAAGCAAACAGCGCGCAAUGCUUGCGACGACGCUUUGAAAUGGCUGGACAAUAACACCUUGGCUGAGAAGGAGGAAUAUGAACAUCGUCUGAAGGAUAUCCAGCGCGUGUGCUCUCCUGUCUUGACCAAGAUGCAUGGCGGCGGCGCGGGCCAAGGCAUGCCCGGAGGAAUGCCAGGGGGCUACCAGCAAAGGAGUGGUGGACCCACCGUAGAAGAAGUCGAUUAAUUGAAACCAUAUACUUAACGAUUAAACCAUAGAAUCUUAUCUAUAAAGUAUUAAGUUGAUUUGUGAUACUAAUUUUAAGACUGAUCUAACUUAUAUUGCAGCAGAUGAUCACCUUGUUGAAAAUAAAUUAAUUUCAUUAAA